GUUUGAAGUAAGUUUGGAUGCAUGAUUUACGGUCUUGGGAUUUGAUUUCAGGUGGGGUUUGCUGAUCUCAGUUUACUUGUAAUUGUUGCUUCAUUUUCAAGUUGCAAGUUGAAAUUUGCUGAGUAAUGGUGGUGCUGGAGUUUGCUCCAAUGACUUUCUUCAAAUGGGUUUUACUGGCUUGCUUUCUUUGUUCAUCAUUGGGUCUCCAAACAUCGGGUCAAUCCUGCAACCCAAAUGACUUGGUAGCACUAAAAGAAUUUGCAGAAAGCCUUACAGAUGGGUCCAUUAUCACAGCUUGGUCUAAUGAAGCAAUUUGCUGCCAAUGGGAUGGUGUUUUCUGUGAGAAUAAGAGUAGUGGUUCAAAUUCUAGUAGAGUAAUCAUGUUGAUUCUGCCCAACAAAGGUCUCAAAGGAACAGUUUCAAGCUCUUUGGGCCGUUUAGAUCAGCUGAAAUUACUCAAUCUAUCUUGCAAUUGUCUUGAAGGUGGACUGCCCCAGGAACUCUCAAAUUUGAAGCAGUUGGAGGUUCUUGAUUUGUGCCAUAAUAAGCUAUCAGGACCUGUUUCUGAAUCACUUUCUGGUUUGGUAUCCAUUCAGUCACUGAAUAUUUCAAGCAAUUCAUUCAAUGGUAGUAUCUCUGCACUUAGGGGGUUUCCAAAUGUUUCUGUGUUUAACAUAAGCAACAAUUCAUUCACUGGCCAAGUCAGUCCAUGGAUCUGCAGCUUCUCCAAAGGACUUCGAAUUAUUGAUUUAUCAAUUAACCAUUUAGUGGGCACACUUGAAGGCCUGGGAAGUUGUAGCACAUCUCUCCAAGAGUUGCAUCUGGGUUACAAUUCACUUUCUGGCCAUCUUCCAGAGUAUUUGUACUCAAUGUCAUCAUUGGAGCAACUGUCAAUCCCUGGAAACAAUUUCUCAGGCCAAUUGAGCGAGAAUUUGGGUAGGCUUUCGAGCCUUAAAUCCCUGCUUAUUUCUGGGAACCAACUUUCUGGUGCAAUUCCUGAUGUCUUUGGGAACCUGACAAAUUUAGAACAAUUAGCUGCACACUCAAAUUCAUUUUCUGGGCACCUGCCUGCAUCCCUUGCACUCUGUUCAAAGCUUCAGGUGCUUGAUCUUAGAAACAAUUCUUUAAUUGGUGGUAUUGAGCUCAAUUUUACUGGAAUGCCUAGUCUCUGCGCACUUGAUCUUGCCGCUAAUCAUUUCAUUGGACUCCUUCCCAGUUCUCUAUCCGAUUGUAAAGAAUUGAAGACUCUGAACCUAGCUAAGAAUGGGCUUUUUGGUUCAAUUCCUGAGAGUUUUGCAAAGCUCACAUCCCUUUUGUUCUUAUCAUUCUCAAACAAUAGCUUUGUGGGCUUAUCUGGAUCACUAUCUGUGCUGCAGCAGUGCAAGAACCUUACCACCCUUUUCCUGGCAAUGAACUUCCAUGAUGAGGAAAUUCCCCAAAAUAUAAGUGGAUUUGAGAAUUUAAUGAUCUUAGCACUUGGAAAUUGUGGUCUGAGAGGCAAAAUCCCAGAUUGGCUGUUGAAUAGUAGGAAGAUGGGGGUUCUAGAUUUGUCAUGGAAUCAGUUGGAUGGCAGUAUCCCAUCUCGAAUUGAUCAGAUGGAGAACUUGUUUUACUUGGACCUAUCAAAUAACUACCUUACUGGAGAAAUUCCAAAAGGUUUGGCAGAACUGAAGAGUCUCAUUUCUUCAAACAGCAGUUUGUCCAUCUUUCCACCUUCCGUGGGGAUUCCUCUAUAUGUAAAGCGAAACGAGAGUGCUAGUGGUCUUCAAUAUAACCAGGCUUCAAGGUUACCACCAUCUAUAUUAUUGAGCAAUAAUCAAUUAAAUGGGACAAUCUUGUCUGAAAUUGGACGAUUGAAGCAGCUCCACGUCUUAGAUUUGAGCAGGAAUAACAUUACUGGUGUCAUUCCUGACUCCAUUUCAGAGAUGGAGAACUUGGAAACUCUAGAUUUAUCAUUCAAUGACCUGUAUGGAUCAAUUCCCCAGUCAUUUGACAAGCUCACAUUCCUGUCAAAGUUCAGUGUGGCAUAUAAUCACUUAAACGGUGUAAUUCCAACUGGGGGACAGUUCUAUAGCUUUCCGAGCUCAAGCUUUGAAGGCAACCCUGGACUUUGUGAGAAAAUAAUCUUUCCUUGUCAUGUCGCUGAUGGUAUGCGGCAGCCGCAUGUUCAUUAUGGUUCAAACAGUAAAUUUGGUCGGAACAGUAUCCUUGUUGUGACAAUUGGCGUAGCAGUUGCGAUUUUAUUGCUUCUUGCAAUUGUUCUGCUUAGAAUGUCAAGGAGAAUUGCAGGGGAUCCUGUUAAUGACCUGGAUGAGGAACUCAGCAGGCCACGUCGGUGUGAAGCUCUUUGCUCAUCAAAAUAGAUUAUCUUCCAGAUUGCAAAUUGCAAGGAGCUUACAGUAGCAGACUUAUUGAAGUCUACAAACAACUUCAACCCAGAUGGCACAAAAGCCGCAGUCAAGAGACUUUCUGGGGAUUGUGGUCAGAUGGAACGUGAGUUCCAGGCUGAAGUGGAAACCCUUUCAAGAGAUCAGCACAAAAAUCAUUAUCUAGAUGGAAAUUUAAUGAAGUAGUAAUUUUAAU